AUAUAUGUAUAUAUAUAUACGUAUGUAUGUAUAUGGUUUACAAAUUUGAAGAGAAACAAAAGGGGUUUGAGGGAUAAAAAUGGCUGAUUCUUCUUCAUACAUUCACAUGGUGCAUCAUCUAAUAGAAGAGUGCUUAAUAUUCAAUAUGAGCAAAGAAGAAUGCAUGGAAGCUUUAUAUAAGCAUGCAAACAUCAUGCCGGCAAUCACCUCGACAGUGUGGAGUGAGCUUGAAAAGGAGAAUAAAGACUUCUUUGAGGUGUAUUACAACACAAGAAGGGAUGCUCAAACACAGUCGAUAUCAUCUUCUUCUUCUUCUUAAUCAUCAAGAAGUUAUUGCAACAUAAAUGGUCUAAAUCACUUGUACCUAUGGUUUAAGAGUUUGUACUAUUUGAUUUGGUUGUUAUAUAUAUUUAGUAAUUAGUAAUUAGUAAUAGUAAUUAGUAAUGUUA